ACAGCUGAGGACCUCACAGAGGAGCCUGAGUGCCUCAUUUCUGAAGUGAGACUAGGAGAGAAGAUGAACAAUUCCCUGGAUUAUCUAGCCUACCCCGUAAUUGUCUCUAACCACAGGCAAAGCACAACCUUCAGGAAGAAGCUGGACUUUGGCCACUACAUAUGUCACAAGAAUAGAGUACAAAUAGUGAAGCCUGCAGUUGAUACCAGACCGCCAGUGGCGCACACACAUCACAUUUUAAAAUUGAGCAAACUACAGGGCGAACAAAACCGAAUCGACAAAAUCGAAUACGAAAACAAGCAACUGUGUCAGAAAAUCGCAAACGCCCAUCGCGGCCCUGCCAAGGUGGAUUGCUGGAACGAAUAUUUUUCCAAGAGCUUAAACAGAGAAACAAGAAACCGGGAGCUAGUGAGAAUCACCGUGGAAAACCAGGGCAUUCUGAAGAGGCUUGGUGACCGAAAACCACACUAUGACCGCAGGUCAUCUGAGAUAGACUGGCAGAAUUCAAGGCGCUAUAUCAGAAAUACAACAAAAUAUCUUCUCUCACGAGCUGAAUAGGUCACUCACCAUGGAAAAGAUACAGGAGAAAGCCCUAGGAUUUCUUAGCUGCUUAGAAUCUAAAGACACCCCUAAGUGGCGGAAUGCUCAAUCUUAGGAUGCUACAAUAAAGCUUGGAACAUAAAAUGAGUUUCUGCAUGAAAAUAAGUUUAAUUUCCCUGGGCUAAAACCUCAAGAAUACAAUUGCUGCCGUUUCUAUGUCUGUGCAGCAACGUUUCACAUGGUCUUCAUCUGCAUUUCUAUCGUGAUUAAUGAAGCUGAACAUCUUGCAUAUGUUUGUCAUCUGUUUAUCCUCUUGCAUAAAAUGCCUGUGAAUAUCUCUUGCCCAUUUUCUAACUGGGCUGUUCAUUGUUUUCAAUAUUAAAUUUUGAGAGUUCUUUA